AUGAGAUCAAAUUCAAACAGGCGUUAUUCUGAUCACUGGUGCGAAUUUCACAACGAUCAUGGUCACAAAACGGCAGAUUGCAGGUUACUACAAGGUGAAGUUGAUCAUCUGUUGAAGCAGGGGUAUCUCACUAAGUUGUUUAGCAAGAAAGGUAGCUCUGUGAAUAUUAUUCUGCUAAGAAUUCUGCACGAGAUGCAAGCUGAAGCUAAAUUAGUACCCGAAGCGCACACUUUGUCUAGGUUCGACAAUUCCAGCGUCGUGACGAAAGGUGAGGUAAUACUUACUACAUUUGCAGAAGGGGUCGUCAAGGAUACAAAGUUUCAGGUGGUAAAGAUGGAGAUGGCUUAUAAUAUGGUUCUCGGAAGACAAUGGAACCACGAGAUGGACGUCAUUCCGUCAACCUUACAUCAAGUUAUUAAAUUUCCAACACCAUGGGGAAUACGUCAAAUCCGUGGAGAUCAACAGAUAUCCAGGAGUAUCAACUCCGUGGCAGAUUCAAGUAUGAGGAACGAAGAAAAAUAG